UCCUUUGCCACCGCUCAAGACCAAGAAGACACCCCCCCGCACCAUGAGUGUGAGCCAAAAGGAGCCUCCGUCGCUAAAACGCACCGUGAAGAAGAUCCGCUGCGCCGCCAUGGUGGCCAGUCUCGCCAAGAGUUGGCAAGGUUGGGCCAACGAGCACUCUGACAAGCAGGACGCCGCCCCCGCCGGGUGGACGCCCUGCUCCGUGGACCAGCAGGACACAAAAGAGUGCCGCCGUGUGUUUAAGGUUGCCGCCGAACCAUCGGAAACGAGCAAUAAGGACGCCAGUUCUAUCCGGACCAUUUCUGUCUCCAAAACGGUUCAACCCAAAAUCAGUGAACGUGGCGGUGAUGUGGUCAACGCCAUCCGCGGCAAGAUGGAGUCUGUUCCCGAGGAAAGCAAGCCGUUUCUUGGUAACGAGUCACCCACGCGUAGGAGGCAAAUCAGGGCGUUGCAAGGGAGUGGCGGAGGUGGUGUCAUCCACGACAGGAAGUUGAUGCUACAGGAGAGGAAGCUGAGUUCCAGAAGCAGCAGCCUAGACACAGAGGACAGCGGUCUAGGAGAUGAGGUGGCGCCCGGAGAUGGUGUAGACACCAAGACGGAAACCACAGAGAUCAAGUGUCAAAAAGUCGGCGGCAAACCCAAGAUUAAGAUCGCCACCAUGGGCGACAUCAAGAGUCGCUGGCAACAGUGGUCCGAUCAGCACACGGAGGGCCAGAAGCUCAACCCUUUCAGCGAGGACUUUGACUACGACUACGCCAUGAGUCUGCGCCUGCGUAAGGGUGACAGCGGCUACGGUCGCCCCAAAGAGGGCUCCAAGACUGCAGAGCGGGGCGACCGAGCGCACAAGCACAUCCAUCGGGAGAUGGAGGAGAUGGUGUGGAUCAUCCGGGACAUGGGCUAUCAGGACCGCCAUGGCCGGACUGUGGUCACUUUCGGGCGACUCUUUGACCGCUAUGUGAAGAUCUCGGACAAAGUGGUAGGAAUCCUGCUACGCUGCCGUAAGCACAAGAUGCUUGACUUUGAGGGAGAGAUGUUGUGGAAAGGACAAGACGACCACGUGGUCAUCACAGUGAGAGACUGA